GGCGCUUGUCUGCUAGGUACAGCCUCGGCAUGAGUAUAGUAGUGCAAGUUUUAGUUGUCUUACUACCACUUCAUUUAUCAUUAAAUCUCCUUCGCUUUAACCGCACCGUCAAGCACCAUUCAGAAGCGCUGCGCACUGCAUGCUCUUCAUAAUUUAACGAUUUCUUCACGACACCACAAUGAGUAACCUCCCUGAGCGCGGUAUGUUCUCAUCUGCUCCGAGUCGAACGCCGUUUUGUCUCCGCACCCUCCUCUGGCUCACUCUCUCAUCCGUGCGAUACCCCAAAUUUGUAUCUGCAAGACCAACAAGCGAGGUGCUGCGACGCGCAUCAGAUGACAAUACAAGCGACGGGAACAGCAUUUCUGCAAGCGUAUGGAUACCCGUACUGAUACUUGCAGUCGUCGUUGCCGUGCUGACACUGGUUGGAUGCGUCAGGCGGGCCACCAACAGGGAAGUCGGCGCAGCCGCGGUGGGGAGCACACCUGCUGGUCAGGCUGCCUCAACUCGCCCUGGAAGACGCCGGAGGCCCGCACGGACUCCAAGUCAGAUAUCCACAAAAUCGCUUCCACCCUACAUGCUGGAACCGGGCGACCAGGAGCUUGUUCUCUUCAGAGCACCUCCGAAGACGGAGGACGACCAGGAUCAUAUGCCAAUACUGGAAGAAGACGAGGAGCACCCUGAAACAGGAGGGACACAUCGUGGUCUUGACCUCGAGUCACAUGGUACCAUACAAGCGGACAGCUCUGCCACAAAUCUUAUAUAUAACGUUUCUGGUGAUGUGUCAAUGAGACGAAGCAUAGACGCUGGUAGCUUGGGCACGUCGCAUCACUCGCAAGGAAGUCAUUCUGAACUCCUACCCUUGCAUACUACACAAACGUCCGAAGAUCCACGAGGAGAAGCGCCUCCGUACUUUGAGGUUGUAGGUCAAGACACUGUUCACACAUUACCUGAUGUGCCUCCUGCAUCAGAGACUUCCAUCGAUAAUACUGCCCCUGAUCGGCGCUCUAGAUUCAGCUUCCUCUUCAAACCCUUUGGCAGCUCAUCACGAUAUCCGCCUCUUUCGAUCCACAACAGGGCUGUCACUCCUGAACAUACUCGCAACGUUUCAUCCCUCUCCGUGGCAUCAACAACUAGUGGACAUGGGCGCAAUCGCUCGAGCUCUAAUUCGACGCUUUUGAAAGCUCUCCGACCCCACGACCAUUCCACGCCUAUGACAUCCCCGUCGACAAUCUCUUUGAACUCAAUAUCGGCACCUCUCACACAUACUGUUAUGCGCUCGGAGUUCCGGGCGCCAAAAGGUGGCAUGACACCUGAGCAAAUUAAACUUAUCACCUCCAGGAAUGCACUGGAAAGAUUCGGUGUUCCAUACGGUCCAGACGCUGUAGCAUUUUCAGCAUCAAGGUCUAAUAUGGCACCACCGCCCGACUUCGACGUCAUUACAUCGAGUUUGCCAGACCAAGCAAGUGGGUCACUAUCAGCCGAUAUUCGCAACCCGUCUGGUACUAGCACACUAGAGAGAGAGACAACAGGAAGUCCUGUCUUUGAUAGUGCUGCUGCGGAUGAGGCUGGACAAACAACCUCACGUUCUGUCACAUCCGGAUCACCUCCAUAUUCCCCAUCCGGAGCUCAUAAAAAUUCUCAAGUGCCAUCAUCACCACGCUCGCUACUACUAUCUUCAUAUCAACGACAGGGUGACUCGCGCUCAAGUUCGACGACAUCCUUUGAGACAGCUGCUUCCGAGUUCUCGCGGCCCACUACACCGCUCACAGCCCGACCUGAGACGCCGACAGCUCGGCCCUUUGUUGCAUGAGAAUAUCUCAAUUGCAUGGCUUUACUGGGACUUAUUUCCUACUACUAUAUCUGGCACUCAUCUUGCUAUCUUUUAUCAUAAAUUGUUUCUUGAACUUUCGGCUACUUACCUCGGAUGUCUAGGCUUUCUGUGACCGUACAUGUAGUUUUGGUUUUGGUUCCGAUUAGUCGGACGCCGCCAGUGUCAUUAUUCAUAGAAACCUGUGCUACAUCAUUUUCCCC